AAGUGGAGGAGGGACUUGUGUUCUUUGACUCAGCCUGCUGUGUUCUUGCUGUAUCAAUUUGUUACGGUGUACGCCUGGACAACAAAGCAGAUGCUGGGUACCACUUUAAAGGAAGAUGCUACGCCUACUUUCCUAAUAAAAGGACUUAAAAGUAACACGUCUCUUUGUGAUCUUAAAUAAACGUGCACGCACGUUUAGCGCCAUUUUAUCACAAGCUCGUCUGGACCCGCGUACACCAGCGUUUACCACGGCUGCGUCAGACAGGAUGAAUCUCAAGAGGAUUUCUUUCGGUAAGAUAAUCUAAAACAGCUCCAUACCGAUUUUGUGAGUCAUGAGACACGAACACAAUCCGCCGUCUUGAACCUAAAUGAAACCCUGCGCAUUGCAGUGCAGUUUGUUGUCGUUUCGUCUAUUUUGGAUACGGAUGUCCCCUCGUCUCCCACGCAUCACCCAAUCGAUACGCGAUUACACGGGUUUGGGCCAGAUGUCACGCUUUCAUCUGUGCCUGUUUCAUUACUACAUGUGAUACUGUACAGUGCAGCUCUGUUUCGGACAUCACCGGCUCUCCUGUGUCAUAAAUGAAAAACAGACCCUACUCACUAAAAUUCACACCACCAUGGGAGAAAAAUGCUGGUUUUGGAAGAAAACACAAGCCUUACACAAGAAACCACACCAAAAUUAUAGCCAACCCCGGUAUGGUCAUGAAAGUGCUACGACGGAAGAAGAUAAUCUUGUUUCUUGCCUAUGUUCUGCUGGUGGCUUUGACCAUGCUGAACCUGGCUAAUUACAAAUGGACCAAAGAGCCUCAGCAAUGCAACCAGCCAAUGCAAGGACUGAAUUUCCAAAGCCGAUCAGACGUCCGUAUAUUUUACAAAGCCCCGCAGGUAAAGAAAAGGCAGCUCGUGUACGUUUUGACCACUUGGAGAUCCGGGUCUUCAUUUUUUGGGGAGCUCUUCAACCAAAACCCAGACGUGUUCUUCUUGUAUGAACCGGUAUGGCAUAUUUGGCAAAAGCUGUACCCUGGGGACGCCGUGUCUCUCCAGGGAGCUGCCAGGGACAUGCUCCGCUCUCUUUACAGAUGUGAUUUCUCGGUUUUUCAGUUGUACAACAGCCCCGGGGCGAAGAACAUAACCUCUCUUGGACUUUUUGGUGCCACUCUUAAUAAGGUCACCUGCUCCUACCCCCUCUGUUCGUCCUACAGGAAAGAUGUAGUGGGAAUGGUGGACGAAAACGUUUGUAAGAAAUGCCCUUCACAGAACCUGCAAGUGCUAGAGGAAGAGUGUUUAAAAUACAACACCAUAGUUAUCAAGGGAGUCCGCAUUUUGGAUAUUAAUAUUUUGGCCCCCUUAAUGGAAGAUCCCAAUCUAAAUUUGAAAGUCAUCCACUUGGUUCGAGACCCCAGGGCGGUGGCCAACUCCAGGAUUAAAUCUAGACACGGGCUGAUACGAGAGAACUUGCAAGUCGUACGCAGCAGAGACCCCAAGCAUCGUCGUGUGCCAUUCGCGGAUCCAAACCAUAAAGUGAACAAAAAGGAUGGUUCAGACUAUCACUCCAUAGGAGCUAUGGAGGUAAUCUGCCAGCAGAUGUUUAAAACUUUACAAACUGCCCUCUACUCCCCCAGCUGGCUUAAGGGAAAAUACAUGACUGUACGUUACGAGGACCUGGUGGAGAACCCUGUUAAAACCGUUCGGAAUGUUUAUGGCUUUGUUAAUCUUUCAGCCAAUCACGACAUCAACGUCUUCGUCAUGAAUAUGACAACAGGAACGAACUCCUCCGCUAAACCGUUCAUCGUAUCCUCCAGAAAUGCAACACAAGCGGCGAGUGCAUGGAGGACUGUGCUUAACUACCAGCAGAUCAGACAGGUGGAGGAGUAUUGUCAUAACGCAAUGUCUCUCCUCGGAUACCUGCGUGUUCGCACGUCUGCGGAGGCAAAGGAUUUGAGCAGAUCAUUAUUGACAGUGCCCAAAAUUUAAAACAUUGCCAAAGACUUUAAAUUGAAGUCAAUGUACUUUGCAUUUGUGCCGCAACCUGGUUCUCGUUCUAAGCAAACUGUUAUUUAUGUUCAAUGCUUGGCUCAGUGGAAUGUAUCUGUUUGCAUCAUACUGACAUUUUUGUCAGGACCAGAAUAUUGUCUGUACAUCAAAACAAUACCGUGUAUAUGAUGUGUCAUUAAAGUUAUG